AGUAGAUCUACGAACGCAAUCAGUUUCCAUUUAAUAUGCCUAAUUUAUGGAGUGAUAUGAAUAGAGUAAACUGUUUGUCCUAGUAUGGCAGUGAUAAUGGUCAAGAUUGAAGAAAGCCAGACCGAGUUGUAAGAGAAAGCGUGUUGAUCGCCAUGAAUGGCAUGAUUUUGAUGACCGCAGACUGGAGGACUGAGCCAACUGAACUGAACUGCGUGUUGGAUAUUAUUUGAACAUCCAUUCAAACGCCAAAUGGAAAUGCAGUGCGCGGCUAGAUGGUCAACAGAUCUAAAUCGUUGCCUGCAAUAGUGCACGUGUCUUGUUGUUCUAUCGGAUCUUUACCGUUGGUUCGGUACAUGUAUCGUCCAAGAGUAUGAAACGGUGGACUCGAAAUUUCGGACACGGGGCGAGUGACCACUGCUAGCGAGCUUUGUGACCAUCACCAAUGACGUGGCCAGGGCUACCAGCGAUUAUUACAGUGAGUGAAAGCAGAAAGGAUAGUCCAGAUGCUGAAGCCUCUUGAGGAGCUUGGCAGCGAUGAAAAAACACGUUCACAAGGUUCACCACGAGUAGACCGCGCCGAUCAGCUUCUCUGGCCUGUACUGUGACCCAGUCGAGCAUUUCCUGUCCAACAUAUUGCCGGUAAUGGCUGGUCCCAUCCUGCUCGGCUCUCACUGUAUGCUGCUGCUGCUGCUGUGGGCCUGUAUCUCGCUGGCCUCCAUGUCCAUCGAACUCAGCGGCUUCCACCUGCCGUUCAUGGCGUCCAACGAGUACCACGACUACCAUCACGCAAAGUUCAACCAGAACUUUGGCAUGCUGGGAAUCUUUGAUUUGCUGCAUGGCACGGACAGUCGCUUCCGUAAAUCAAAGUCGUAUGAGCGCCAUUCCAUGCUACUUGGCACCACCCCAGCCAACGUUCUAAUUCCGGACGAACCGAAGAAAUGCCAGUAAAAAGGUUAAGUUGGCAGUGCGUGUGCAUGUGUGCAUCCUCACUGCUGUUGCUAGUCUCCUCACAGUCCACCCUUGACCGUCCCAUUCUCCAGUUUCAAUGCUAGUCUCCUCACAGUCCACCCUUGACCGUCCCAUUCUCCAGUUUCAAUGCUAGUCUCCUCACAGUCCACCCUUGACCGUCCCAUUCUCCAGUUUCAAUGCUAGUCUCCUCACAGUCCACCCUUGACCGUCCCAUUCUCCAGUUUCAAUGCUAGUCUCCUCACAGUCCACCCUUGACCGUCCCAUUCUCCAGUUUCAAUGCUAGUCUCCUCACAGUCCACCCUUGACCGUCCCAUUCUCCAGUUUCAAUGCUAGUCUCCUCACAGUCCACCCUUGACCGUCCCAUUCUCCAGUUUCAAUGCUAGUCUCCUCACAGUCCACCCUUGACCGUCCGUCCCGUUCUCCAGUUUAAAUGCUAGUCUCCUCACAGUCCACCCUUGACCGUCCCAUUCUCCAGUUUCAAUGCUAGUCUCCUCACAGUCCACCCUUGACCGUCCCAUUCUCCAGUUUCAAUGCUAGUAUCAUCACUACUCUACAUGUAUAUGUAUUUUAGCAUAUCCACCAUCAAUACUGGUCACAUGACAAAUUACACUUACCUACCCUCACUACUUCAAGUAUGCCACUGAUAAUUAUUUUUAUUUUUAUUCACAUAGCUAUGGGUUUUUUUGUGGCAAAUUCACUAGUGCCCUAGCUAGUCCCAAGCUGUGUUCUAUCAUAGGUGGUUAAAUAACGACAUCGCAAUGUUCAAUCUUCCCGUCCUAUCAGUGACAACUCUCAUAGCCAAUGUGCAUUGUUUCCGACGGCCAUCACCAAGAAGUUAUGUUCUCUUUCUCACCUAGGGCCGUUCACAGUUUGUUUUCCAUUUCAAUUUCCACCCUUUCCACCGUCCUGGAAGGAUGGAGAGGGACUGUGUUAUGAUUAUUUUUUAGUUACAAGCAAAAUAUUGGCUAUGGUGCCAGUACUACUUUCGGGCUGCACUGCUAUGACAUCACUACUACUUACCGGCUGUACUGGUAUGACAUCACUACUACUUACCGGCUGUACUGCUAUGACAUCACUACUACUUACCUGCUGUACUGCUAUGACAUCACUACUACUUAACGGCUGUACUGCUAUUACAUCACUACUACUUGCUCCCAGGUCACUCUAACUGUUUUCUGUACCUGA